CCGUCACCAAGUUCCCAGGCAAGUAUUGCGUCCACAGCCCGGGCUGUAGGAAAUCCUAGUGCCUGGUCACGGAGGAAACCUCCGGCGGACAAUAUUCUGACUCAUAUGCGGCGGAGAUACUGAAUGUUGGUCACGACCGGGACACAAAUUCUCUCAUCAAUCCAAACGCUCACAACUGCUCGGUACGCUAAACCGUUUUUGGACUCUACUCAGACCUCCCAUCAACAACACCCUUCCCAUCAAUCCUCCAGUUAUCUUGAAUUGAACCCAAAUAAAACCUAAAUCCACCAUGGAUGACCAACAAAAAGAAGACCUCCCUCUAGAAAAAGCCCUCCGCACCCUCCUGGACCGCCGACGUACCCAAUCCACCCUCCGCAACUUAACCCUAAACCCUCACCAAAAAAUCGACUUCUCAUCCAACGACUUCCUCUCCCUCUCCAAUUCCCCUCUCCUCCGCUCAACCUUCCUCUCCGAACUCUCACGUGAUGCGUCUUUCCCCCUUGGCAGCGGAGGUUCUCGACUUCUAGACGGAAAUUCGGCCUACGCGGAGGAUUUAGAGAAAGAGAUAGCUGCGUUCCACGGCGCUGAGGCAGGACUUCUGUUUAAUUCCGGAUUCGAUGCGAAUGCGGGGUUUUUUGCUUGUGUGCCGCAGAAGGGCGAUGUGGUGGUUUUUGAUGAGUUGAUUCAUGCGAGUGUGCAUGAUGGGAUGCGGUUGAGUCGCGCUGUCAAGAAGGUCAGAUUCAAGCAUAAUGACGUUCGGGAUUUGCGCAGAGUGCUUGAAAGGACUUUGAGGGAGGUUGAGGGAGUGAUAGAAGGGAGGAAUCAUGUCAUUGUUGCCGUGGAGGCGGUUUAUAGUAUGGAUGGGGAUUUGGCGCCGUUGAAGGAGAUUGUUGAGGUGGUGGAGAGGAGUCUCCCCAGGGGAGGUGGGUAUGUGGUUGUUGAUGAGGCGCAUGCGACGGGGGUUAUUGGGCCGGAGGGGAGGGGUUUGGUGAAUGUUUUGGGGCUAGAGAAGAGGGUGUUUGCGAGAUUGCAUACCUUUGGGAAGGCGCUGGCAUGUAAUGGCGCUAUAAUACUGGGUUCUCCUUUACUGCGACAUUACUUGAUCAACUACGCCCGACCCCUCAUAUAUACGACUUUUAUGUCAUUCCCUACGCUGGCAGCCAUCCGAGCAUCUUACAGGCUCCUGCAGGAGGGUCAAACAGUUCAAAUGGCGCAGCACCUCAAUUCCCUUGUCUCCUUCCUGUACACCGAACUUCGCAGCCGUCCUUCCUUAGUCCAAUCUUCGACCCUCCAGAUUCCGAAAGAGAAACCCCAAUCACCUAUUUUCGCCAUCUUAGCAUCCAACCCCAGAAGCCUUGCAAGUUUUCUUCAGGGCAGGGGAAUGAUGGUGAGGGCAGUGGUGCCUCCGACUGUACCGGAAGGUACGUCGAGGAUAAGAGUGUGUCUGCAUGCGGGGAAUACUGUGGAGGAGGUGAGGGUUUUGGUGGAUAGUAUUGAGGAGUGGGUCAUGCAAAGUAGGCGUGUGGGCAAGGCGGGUGCACUGGAAACAGGGGUUGGAUUUUCUGCGAAGUCCAGGUUAUGAGGAUGGUUCCUGGAAUGGGCUGACAAUUGUCUUUGGCUUCCCAACAGCCGCUCUGGGCCGAAUAUGAGUAAAUAGAAUCAAACGGAG